AUUUUCACGUGGCACGCGGGUGCGCAUUAUUACGAGAUGCCGAAAAGGAGAGGACGGCGUGGUGGUGGCGGCAGGGGCCAAAAGAGCCCUUCCACUGGCCUACAGGGGACUGGGUCGACUGUGAAAAUGCCCGAGGACAUUAUUGGAGGGAGUGAGAGCGACGAAGAGCUUGGCGAGGAAGAGUUAGAGGGCCUCGGAGUUGAAGACAUGAGGACGAUAUCAAGAAUGGGACUCAAUGAUAGAGGUGAAAAACGAACUAAGAGACGGCAGAGUGAAGGUGAAGGUCUCGAGGACACCCUGGGAGACAGUACAGUGGGCAGGAGGAGGAAGAGGAGGAGGGAGGUUGAAGAAGGCGAGGGUGAGGGAGGGGAGGACGGUGCCAGUUGGGAGGGUGUGAGGAGUGGAGGAGGUGGAGUUGAUGAGGACGGUGAGGGUGUUCACUACCUGCUGCCGCUGAAGGCUGGAGGAAAGCUAGUGCUGCAGCCUCCAGUCCCCAUCCCCAAUGUAGAGAAACUGAGUACAGCAGCCCUGCUGGCCAGGAGGGAAGCUGCUCUGGAUCAGAAGAAAUCGGCCAUUGCUGACCUUGCCUCCUCCCUCGUCGAAGCUCCCGAAGACAAUAUCUCCAACGUGCAGCGACUGCUGGUCUUCUGUACUGAGAGAGAGGCUCAGGUAGCCUGCACUGUGAGGAGACUGGCCACGGCCUCACUUGCUGCCGUAUUCAAGGACAUUGCUCCCAGCUACCACAUCCGAGAGCUUACUGAGGAAGAGAAAGCCACCAAGGUGUCCAAAGAUGUCCGGAAGCUGCGGCUGUUUGAAGAGACUUUGCUCUCUAGCUACCAGAGCUACUUGUCUCUGUUGAAUGACUAUGUCGAGACUGGUCUAGGGGGAGGAGGAGGAGGGGGAAGUGGAGGGCAGGGGAGGAAGAAAAAGGAAGCAAGAUACCUCUAGGGAUGCUAGAAGAUGGCCUAAGCCUUUCACGGACAAGCAUGCAGGAUCUUGGUGAGGUGGCUCUGAGGUGCAUGUGUGAGCUCCUGGUGUGCCUUCCUCACUUCAACUUCAGGAACAACAUUCUGGUGGCAGUCGUGCCCAGAAUGACCUCCAGGAGUCUGGCUGGAAAGAUUUCUCAACUCUGUUGCGAGACAGUAGAGAGACUGUUCAGAGAAGACCUUGUUGGUGAAGUGUCACUAGAGUGUAUAUCUUCUUUCAGUGUGUGAGACUCGUCUGCAAACUGGUCAAGUCAAAGAGUUACAACACGAGACCAGCGGUCCUGAGGAGUUUCCUGCACUUGAGGCUGCAGAGUGUGGAUGAGCCGGUGGGGAGUAGGGAGGGAGGGGGAGGAGGACACAAGAAGCAGAGGGAGAGGGAUGAAGCUCUCCCAGCUAGGAAAGGCUCGCAGCUUACCCGCAAGCAGAGGAAGAGGCUAAAGGCAGAGCGAGACUUGGACAGAGACCUGAAGGAGACAGAGGCCACUGAGAGCAGAGAGAAGAAGACAAAGCUGCAAACAGAGGUCCUUCAGCUGGUGUUUGCCAUCUACUUCAGGAUCCUCAAGAACUCCCGCCACUCGCCUCUCCUCCAGCCCGUUCUGGAGGGACUCGCCAAGUACCUACACAUACAUCAGACACCAUACAUUAUGCGUUAUACUAUAUACGUCAUAUAUACAUCACAUACAUGAUAGAUGCAGAACAGUGUCUGUAUGCUGCUGAUCUUAUGUAAGUACCGUCUUACAUUAAGCAUCGGAUUAUACGUCAUACAUCAUGUAUAGAUCCAGAACCGUGUCUGUGUGCUCCUUGAUGAAUGGUUGGUGUUAAAUCCUUUCUGUGUCCCAGGUUUGCUCAUCUGAUCAGUGUGGACUUCUUUUCAGACCUCAUGAGCGUCCUACAUUCACUGGCAGAGACUGGGGGUCUGACUAACAAGGAGUGCAUGCUGUGUGUGCUCACGGCAUUUGAGGUACUCUCCGGACAAGGAGAGUCUCUGAAUAUUGAUCCCAGACAGUUCUAUGUGCAGCUGUACGGAGCUAUCCUUCAGCUUGACACAGUUUCUCUCAACGAAGACAUUGUCUUGGCAAUGGAAUGUAUGGACAAGAUGAUGAGGAAACGUAGACAGGUGUCGCUACAGAGGGUGCUGGGGUUUGUGAAACGACUCAGUACAGUUAGUCUCCAGUUAAUGCCCGGAGCUUGUCUGGCUGUGCUCAGUACUGUCCGCAAGUGCAUGCUGAGCUACUCUCAGUGCGAUCAGCUACUGGACUCUGACGGGGUGUGUGGAGGGGUGUUCAGACCCGAGGUAGCCGACCCGGAGGUGUGCCACGCCAGUUCCGCACUGCUCUGGGAGUACACCAUCCUCUCCCGUCACUAUAGUCCAGCUGUCAAAGGCUAUGCGACUCACCUCCUGCACGGAGCUCCCACCCAAGGCAGACACGCCCUCCAUCCCGACAUUGCCAAAAUGACUGCAGGGGAUCUGGUGUCUAGUUUGACUCAGCCUCUCCCUCCCUUCCCUCCUCCUCACCCAGCCAACAAGACAGCUGUCAAGAACAAAGGGUACUACUAUCAUGAUGCUGGAAUUAGAGAUGAUGUCAUUAGAAAAGCUGAACAGGAAGCCAUAAAGCUGGCAAAAUCACAUAACUUUGAUUGAUGCAAUAGUUACUGAAAUUCCGUUUUUAUUUCACACCCAACUAGUAAAUUAAACCACAUGCCGUCAAAAACUACAAAAAUUGGUAACGUAGAAAAAUAAAUUAACGCGCUUGCACUAGUGAGUGGGUGACUUGGGCACAAAAAAUACCUGCCAAUGGUGACAAUAAUUGUACAGUUGGCAUCUCAAUUUUUUAAAAACGUGAUUUUAACAUUCGCCACUCAGUGGAAAAAGGGCAAUCGUCGUUGCUUUAAAAAAGAGUGUGUUGAUUCAUAGCAGAGUGUCUUCAUCGUCGUCCGCUGGUAGGUGUGAUUGGUCCCUCCAGUGCCCCGGCCACUCUGUGUUCUCGCUGUCUUCACCAUGUUCGUGAGAAACGAUGUGUACGCCGUCCUUGAGCAGGGGGUUCCCCUGGUUGGUGUUGAGGACCUUGGCCGUCACGAGGAGAGAGAGAGAGGUGGCAGAGUCUUCCUCCAGUACCAGCUCGAUCCUCUCGGCUAUGUUGCCGUCUUUGAUUGUCUUGAUGUGGACCGUCACGGGCGUCUUGUAGCGAUUGCCCGUCUCUCGUACCGUCGCCGUCUCUCCGACCGACUCGACUCUCACGUAAAUGUUGUGCUGAGGGUGCUGGGCAGUGAUGCUAGUACCUAACGAGUGAGCGACGGGUAUCUCCGCACUGUAGGUGUGGUGGCUCUUUAGCAUCCCGAUGUGGGCCUCCAGGACGCCUCCCUCCCUGGGCUCCAGCUGAAUGAGCCCCGUGUCCAGGUUCGUGUCCACUGCGAACUGGACGUGAGAGUUGGGUCGGUUCCGUCGCGACUUUGACAUGGCUUUUGUGAAGAGAUGAGCUACUGCUGGGAUCACUGAAAAACUCCCCGACGGUGAGGAACGGUCGAACUUCCCACGCAGCCACUUGCCGG